AUGAGGGCCGUGCCGCUCCCAAGAAAGAUGAUGACUGUGAUUAUGGUUGCAUCAAGGCCUCUUUUGGCAAAUGGUACCUCGUACUUUGUACUUGCAAACCAGAGGGCAUUUCGCGCAACCAAGAGCCCAGGAUUGGUGGGUGCCGGCUAUACCAACCGCCAACCCGGCCUUCGACCUUUGGAGGAGGGGAAACGAAGGCUGGAGAGAAGACUGGCGUUGUUCUACCCAGUGGACCUCGAGACAAAUUGGCCAUGGUGCGGUGCCAUGGCCAAGCAGAAAUCCGGGGAGCGGGUAGACCGCUAG